AUGGAUAAUAAUGGAGAUCUUUAUAUUGCUGACUGGGUGAAUAACGAUGUUAGACGUUGGCAAGAAGGAGAUACACAAGGUACAGUUGUAGCAGGUGGAAAUGGAUUUGGAAAUGCGUGUAAUCAACUCAAUCAAGCUAAGCAGAUCUUCGUUGAUAAAAAUCAUUCAGUUUACGUAGCAGACGAUACGAAUCAUCGUGUGAUGAAAUGGGAGGAAAAUGCGACCGAAGGAAUUCUUGUUGCUCCGAGAAACGUUUUCAACGAAGAUCUCAUUGAUGUAAUGUCUAACCCCAAAGGUGUGAUCGUUGAUCAUACGGGUAAUAUUUAUUUAUCGUAUAGCAGAUAUCAUCACAUAACGCGUUGGUCGCCAGGUGCUAUGAAAGGUAUUGCUGUUGUUGGUACAGAGCGAUCUGGAAGUGAAUCGACGCAGCUUACAAACCCUCAAGAUUUAUCAUUUGAUCGACGAGGUAAUCUUUAUGUUGUCGAUAGAGAAAACCAUCGAAUCCAAAAAUUUCUUAUUGAUCUUGACUAA